CGUUACUUGGUUGCAGAAAAACUCUACAACUGCAAGGGGAUAGAAGAUAUGGCUGAAUACCAGCGGUGGUUUUAAUUCAAAACCCAUGGCGAUGUAGUUCUACAUUCCACACUAUCGUCACAGCAACUUAAGUAAUGGUCUAAAAAGCAACACUAACCAGCCAAAACGAUACUUUUGGGGGCGUUUCGCUGCCUGUUUGGAUCGGGAUGGUCUCCAACUGUGAGGAGUGAUCAGCGUCAGAAAGCCAGUGUGUGUGCGUGUGUGUACACUGCGGGGUAGCAACAGUAGGAUGAGCUGCCCAAGAGCUAUCACAACCCGCGGGGACUGACACACUGAAACAUAAACGUCGAUGCAGUCUUCCAGAGGCUCUCCCUCCCUGUGGCUGAGAAACCAGCAGCAGCAGCAGCAGCAGCAGCAGCAGCAGCAGCAGCAGCAUGUCCCGCGUCUCCUCCACCGCCAAGCGCUACACUAGCCCUUCCUACAGCAGCCACUACAGCUCCUACGGCUCCUCCCUGACCCCAGGCCUUAGCUCCUACAGCGACCGGUCCUCCUACAAGUCCCCCACCUCCUCUUCCUCCACCUACAAGUCUCCCAUCUCCUCUUCCUCCACCUACAAGUCCCCCAUCUCCUCUUCCUCCACCUACAAGUCCCCCAUCUCCUCUUCCUCCACCUACAAGUCCCCCAUCUCCACCUCCUCCUCAGGUUACUCCUCCUCCUCCAGCUAUCUGAGCAGCUCGGCCGCCCGCAGCCGCAACUACAGCACCUCCUCAGAACCUGACCGGGGUCGCACCAUCCCACGUACUGACAUUCUUGGGAGCAGCAGCCUCAGCAGCAGCCUCAGCAGCAGCCGCCGGAGCGAGAGCCUCAGCAGAACCCCCAUCAAGAGCUACGGCGGGUCGGGUCUGAGCGGGGGGUCAGCGUACACCGGCUACAACUCUUACUCUUCUUCCUCUGCCCAGUCCAGCUACCUCUCUUCACCGUCGGCCUCCAGCAUCUCACUCAAUCGACGGAAAUCUGUCUCCCAGACUGACUUGAGCAGGGACCUGGCCUCUCUGGCCCUCAGUGAUGCCUCCUCCUCAUCCUCCAGCCCGUCUUCUUCCAGCAGUGCCCUGCGGAGCUACCGCAGUCGGGCCACCGAUGUGGCCAACUCGUAUGGUGCGAGCUCCCGUAAUGGCUACUCGGGCCUGUCGCGGAGCUCUACUCAGGAGGCCCUCUCGCGGAGCUCCACCCAGGAGGCCUUCAGCAGCAGCAGAGCAUACAGCUCUUCAUCAUGGGAGCCGAGCAGCAGCAACAGGGUGUCCGACUCCCCAACCAGGGACUCAACGAAUUCAAAGAGUGCCCAAGGCCUGGUAGGAUUAAAGAACCUAGGAAACACAUGUUUCAUGAACAGUAUCCUGCAGUGUCUCAGCAACACACACAGCCUGCGGGACUACUGCCUGCACAACUCGCACCGCAGAGACCUUAACAACAACAGCCGCACCAACACCGCCCUCAUGGAAGAAUUUGCCAAGCUGUUACAGACCAUGUGGACGUCGUCCAGCAGCGAGGCCGUCAGCCCGUCAGAAUUCAAAACGCAGAUCCAGAGAUAUGCUCCCAGAUUUGUCGGAUACAACCAACAGGAUGCUCAGGAGUUCCUGCGUUUCCUCCUGGACGGUCUGCACAACGAGGUCAACAGGGUCACUGUCAGGCCGAGAGGCUCGGUGGAGGACUUUGACCACCUGCCGGACGAAGAGAAAGGGAAGAAGAUGUGGAGCAAAUAUCUGGAGAGAGAAGACAGUAAGAUAGUCGACGUGUUCGUGGGGCAGCUGAAGAGCUCUCUAACCUGCAGUCACUGCGGGUUCUGCUCCACCGUCUUUGACCCCUUCUGGGAUCUCUCUCUACCUAUCGCCAAGAAGGGCUACGGUGAGGUGAGCCUGAUGGACUGCAUGCGGCUCUUCACCAAAGAAGACGUCCUGGACGGAGACGAGAAACCGACGUGCUACAGGUGUAAAGCCAGGAGAAGAUGUACUAAGAAGUUCACAAUACAGAAGUUCCCCAAGAUCUUAGUGCUGCACCUGAAACGUUUCUCUGAGGCCCGCAGAACCAGCAAACUGUCCACCUUUGUUAACUUCCCCAUGAAGGAUCUCGACCUGCGGGAGUUUGCCUCGGAAAACUGCCUCAAUGCAGUGUACAACCUGUACGCAGUGUCCAACCACUCAGGCACCACUAUGGGCGGCCACUACACAGCCUACUGUCGCAACCCCAACUCGGGAGAAUGGUACACGUUUAAUGACUCCAGAGUAACGCCAAUGUCCUCCAGCCAAGUGCGCAGCAGCGACGCCUACGUCUUGUUCUACGAGCUGGCCUCCUCCUCGCGGAUGUGAAGCCUCCUGGAAGACGACGGGCCACAACACCUCUCUGACCGACGGACAGACUGAUGGGGAAAAUAAAGAGAGCUGGUGGAGCUGAGCCUAUUUUGGACUUGUGUUGGGACAUAUAUCACACACAAACACACACACACACACACACACACACACACACACACACACACACACACACACACACACACAGACACACAGAUCCCUACCAGCCUGGAGGCCAGAGAGAGGAACCCUCUGGAAACCACUGAUCCACCAGCCCUGCUUUCUCUCUCACCGUCUCUACUCUCGUGUUCUGGGUGGAAGUGUGUGUGUACCGUGUGAGUGAGUGUGUGAGUGUGCAAGGCUGACAAAGGGCAAUAAUCCCAUCUGACGACCUUCCAGUAAAGCUGUCCCUCUCUAUGCACUGCGAGCAUCCUGACCGCGCCUUCGCUUCUCUCUCUUCUCGUUUGCCUCGAACCAUUAACACUCACUUGUUGCAAUUUUGACCUUUUUGCUUUGAAUUUAGUUUUGAAUGUUUUUUUGGGGGGGGGGUCAUCAUCAACAGCACCCACACUUUGGACUGUGGAGAGUGACAGUAACAGGACUGCUGGUGGUUACAGGCGCCUGCAGCCCCCCCCGGCCCGCUCGCUGUUCACGGCCUUCCCUUCCCCCGACACCAACACACUCCCAACGUCUCCGCCCGACAUCCACCUCUCGCUAUUUCUCCUACGGUGGCUGGGAGGCCGAUGGCACUGUGAGCGUGACAUGUUUCAGAGGACGACCCUCCGAACUUGUGUUUUCUUUUCUUUUGUUUUCUCCCACGUGUGGCUGCUACUGAUGUUUUGAAAGUGCUGUGAGCGGAUGAAAGGACAGUGGAGUACGGAUCUGCUAAGGAUUAAUAAUAUAGACGAUAACCACGCUAACAAUCCUCAUUGUCAGCAUGAGGUAUUUUCUUCCUCUCUUGUUUCAUGCCAUUGAACAACACGGAAAGAAUGUUUUAAAGAAGAAGAAGAAAAACACUAUAUCUGUAUAUUUUUAUAUCCUGAUGCAAAAUAGAGAAUGUACUAUUCAAUGGUGCUGAAAAUGACCCAUAACUGUUUCAGUUGGUUUAUUUCCCAGGUUUCAAGAGAGAAAAAAAAUGAUUAUUUAUGCUUACAGGUGAUAAUGUGAUGAGUCACACUUUUUAACAGUAAUAUAUAUAUGUAUAUAUAUUCAUAUAUACACAUAUAUAUGUAUGAAUGAAUAAAAGUUAAAAAAAAAA